ACUUUCCAUUUUUUCAAUUCAGAAAAAAUGAAGAGCAAGUUGAACCGAGAUUAAAGUUAGUCUGUAGUACAUAUACGUUGGUGGAGACGUGUGUCAGUACAAAAACUUUAAACAUAUGUCAAAUAUAAGAAUGCUCCUGCAAUUCUUUGGUACACAAGGAUAAUUAGGAAAUAAUCACAGAUGAUAAUAAUUAUCAUUUUGUCAAUUGACUUGAAAGAUUUCACAAGACUCCGAGUUAGUUGCUAACUAGAUCAAGAUUGAUUGUGUCAUGUCACAACGCACUAAAGUUAUUCAUUUAUACAAAACGCUGUUGUACAUGGGCCGAGACUACCCAAAAGGAUAUCAAUAUUUCAGAACCAAGCUAAAGAGAGCCUUUGAUAAAAACAAAACAGAGACCGACUCUGAAAAGAUAGAUAAAAUGAUAAAUCACGAAUCUUCUAAAAUGGCUGCUUGCGUAGCUGUUAUUGGCAAAGAUAAUUCUCCAAAAUUUAUCAAAAUAUAUCAAUGUACGGAUGAAGCUGCUGGAUUGCAAUUUCAUUACAAAGUACAUACAUCAAUUGAUAUUAUAGAGGAAAAGUUGAAUGUAGGGAAUAAAACGACAGUUGAUAUACGUGAUUUAUACUUAGGCUUGUUAUUUGCGACUGAAGAAUACAAAAUAUAUGGUUAUGCUACAAACACAAAGAUUAAAUUUGUCAUAGUAUUGCAAUCAUCUAAUGUAUCAUUACGGGAUAACGAAAUAAAAAUGAUAUUUAAGAAGCUACAUGCUGCAUACUCCAAUGCUGUUUGCAAUCCAUUUUACAUUCCAGGUGACGAAAUAAAAUCCAAGUCAUUCGAUACAUCAGUGCUGGAAAUAAUGAGUGUUAUAUAAUUUAUAAAAAUAUUAAAAAAUAAUUAAAUAAAUAUU